AUGUCGAAUCAAGAAAUUAGUUUAAAGUGGAAUGGCUAUCAGAAUAACAUAUUGUGUAACGUCAAAGAGCUUUUUAAAGACGAAGGAUUAUGUGAUGUCACCCUGGUGUCUGAAGGGCUAAACUUUAAAGCUCAUAAAGUGAUACUAUCAGCUAACAGUUCCCUUUUUAGAACUAUCUUCCAGCAAAACCCCCACAGGGAUCCAAUUAUAGUACUUCAUGACAUCAACACGCACUCUUUAAGGACACUACUAACGUUUAUGUAUAACGGCGAAGUGAAUGUUACCGAGGAAUCUCUACCAAUUUUGUUAAAAACAGCUGAAACACUAAGAAUCUGCGGACUCUCCACGGGUAGUGAAGCUAGCCGUGAUGCUGAGAAAUCAGCUUGUACCCAGACAAGCUCAAAAAAACGCAAAAAGAGUGAACAAGAGGACAAUAAUAACAAAAUUAAAAAACCUUCCAUUAAUACGAAAGUUGAUGCAUGUAAUUUAAGUCCUGAUAUAAAAAACAAUAAUAUAAUGCCGAAAGUGGAACCUGUUGAUUCGCCUCUUACUGAUGAGUCAUCAACAAGUGAAAACACAAAUGAUACUGACAUAGCGAUUCUUGAUGACAAUAUGGAUAAGAAAUACUCGAUCACCUCUUCACCAAAAUCCCACUUUAGUGACACUAAUGGAAAGAAGUGCAUUAACGAAGUCAGCAGUACUCAGCCAUGUUUAAACACUUGUGAUAAUGAUGAUAAAGAGAUUGAGAUUGAUAAGGAAGUGGAAACUGUAAUUCAGAGUGGAACAAUAGUGGAAUCACUUAAUAUAGCCACAGAGAAUUUGAACUUGUUGUCAAAUGAGGAUAUUAAAGAUAAGUCCGGUACUUCCUAUGCAAAUCCAUCGUUUCCCUGCCCAUUCUGUCCACGAGUCUACAAUAGCUGGGGAUAUCGACGGCGACACGUAAAGUCUCGACAUAUGACUAACAGACUAUCCUGCAAAUGGUGCGUAUCAGUAUUACCAACAACUGGAGCGUGGUAUUCCCAUGCCACCAAAACCCAUGGGGUUCCUCACGAAGAAGCCAGAAACUCACUUGUUGUGAUGGUAGAAGCUCACGCUGUUUUGACCCUGAAUGAGCCGAGUGUUGCCCAAUUAUUGGGACAAGUAGGCAUGGACCCUAAUGGAACUGUGAGUGAGAAAAAUUAA